UCAGAUGUCUACAUAGAGGCUCCUUCCCCGGCUUCGACGCUGGGCUUCGUAGAAUAGUUCACGAUUCGGUGUUCAUAUAUCCUCUACGUAAUGCUUCCUUUGUACAAAAGUCGACGAAAAGUACGGAAAUUUCUUCAAUAUCUGCUUCUUUUGCUCGGAUUUCUACUGAUAUGGUGCACGUUGACGAUUGUUAUUCUCUAUAUACAAGAUGCGUUUUCGAACCCAACAACACCCCGGAAAGAAGAUCAUCGAAACAGCAGAGCUGUACAGGUUGUUGUCGGUCAUUAUAAUGGCAAUCUACCGCAGGAGAAAUUAAGAAACCUGACUGAUGAAGAAAUCAACGCCAAUAAUUUCAAUCCGAUUGGUUGGGGUGAAGGCGGCAAGGCAGUGAGAUUGUCAAGAGACGAAGAAAUUCUAUCCGAUGAGACAUUUUCUAUAAAUCAGUUUAGUCUAUUCAUCAGUGACCGUAUCGCCCUGAACAGAUCGUUGGGUGACUACCGUAAGCCAUCUUGCCGCAUCAAGAAAUACAGAAAUGUUUCCGAGCUACCGACAACAUCCGUAAUAAUCGUCUACCAUAACGAAGCCUAUUCCACGCUUUUACGCACUGUACAAAGUGUAGUCGACCGAUCUCCACGUGCUGUUCUGGCUGAAGUCAUACUUGUUGAUGAUUAUUCAAAUAGAACUUUUCUGAAAUAUCCUGUGCUGGACGAGGCGGUGAAAAUUUAUCCGGUACCAGUGAAAAUUAUAAGAACAAAACAACGAGUAGGACUGAUAAGAGCAAGGCUCAUGGGAGCGCAGGAAGCUGAAGGCGAAGUGUUAACAUUCCUUGAUUCGCACUGUGAAUGCACUGAAGGUUGGCUGGAACCAUUACUGGACAGGAUUAGGGAUGACCGAAAAGCUGUCGUAUGUCCGGUUAUUGACGUAAUAAACGAUCGUACAUUUCAAUACCAAAAAGGAAUUGACAUGUUUCGCGGUGGUUUCAACUGGAACCUUCAGUUCAGAUGGUACGCAAUGCCGACCGAAAUGGCUAAACAACGACUACAGGAUCCGAGCUCACCGAUACCAUCACCAACAAUGGCUGGCGGCCUGUUUAGUAUAGAUCGUCAUUACUUUGAAGAACUUGGAACGUACGAUCAUGGAAUGGAUAUUUGGGGUGGCGAGAAUCUGGAAAUAUCUUUUCGAAUUUGGCAAUGCGGUGGACGAGUGGAGAUUCUUCCAUGCUCACAUGUUGGCCAUAUAUUCCGGCAUGUAUCUCCACAUGACGUUCCAGGGAGUUCAAGUGUCAAGGUUCUUGAUAGCAACAUGGUACGUGUAGCAGAAGUGUGGAUGGACGAAUGGAAGUACCUGUUUUACAAAGUAGCACCACAAACCGCAAAACUUCGAACCAAAGUCGAUAUGAGCGAACGAAUGGAACUUCGACGUAGACUGCAUUGUAAAAGCUUUCGAUGGUAUCUCGAAAACGUCUUCACCGACCACCACUUGCCAAUGGAUGGAGAUUUCUUUGGAAGGAUUGCCAUAGGGUCCAAACCCUAUUGUUUGGUAAACCGACCUGGUGAACCGGGUACGAAGAAACAUCGCCUAGAUGUGUCGCCUUGCACGUUAGGAUUCGAUCAUUGGCAGUUCUGGAUCUAUAGCACGGAUGGAAGGCUAAAAUCUGAUGAGCACAUGUGUCUUUCGGCUACUCAAGUCGUUCACACCAGCAAUGAAUGGACGGUACAGCUGAAGGAAUGUGCUGGUUAUGACAUGGAGUACUGGGACUACAAUCGACGGAGACAAACCUUCAUACAUAGGAAGAGCGGUUAUUGUCUCACUCAGCGAGGUCUUGGCAUGGAAACGUUGAAUGAUCUAUCACCGCCUACUUUGUCAUAUUGUGGUCGAGGAGUGGAAGAACAGAUGUGGACGUUGAAGUCGGUGGAAUGGAGACCGGACACGUUAUAAAGGCAUCUCUGAAGAAGUUUUGUUGACAACAUAGUGCAACUUUUUCCUUUUUGUUUACCCUGUUGUUUACAUAUGUUUAUUCAGCAUUUAAUCGACAGCUUAGCAUCUUUAAUCGUAAGCUAGUACACAAUGAUUCUUUAUCAACAGCAUUAACUACUUGCCAUUAAAUUACGACUUUAAAAAUUUCUAGCCAUGGCUUGCCUUAUUUUACUCGUGGGUUUAAUGUAUCGGUGGUGAAACGAUUGUGAUGAUGUUUUGUGUUUUUUAUAUUGUUCUGGGU